GUACACACAAAGUUCCACUGCAGGCAAGCGCAUGCUCCAGGCACCGACACUUCAUGCUUGACAUUUUCCUAUGAUGGUACUGUCCUUGCCAGCCGGGGAGGAGAUGAUACCUUAAAGAUAUGGGAUAUUAGACAAUUUAAAAAGCCUCUUAAUGCAGCAGAAAGACUGCCUAGCUUCUUUCCAAUGACAGAUUGUUGUUUCAGCCCAGAUGAUAAAAUACUUGUCACAGGCACCUCUGUUAAGAAAGGUGGUGGCAGUGGGAAGCUUUUUUUCUUUUAUCGGGAGACAUUCCAGAAGUUGUAUGAGAUAGAAGUUACAGAUGCGAGUGUUGUGCGUUGCCUUUGGCAUCCCAAGCUGAACCAGAUCAUGGUUGGUACAGGAAAUGGUUUGGCCAAAGUGUACUAUGAUCCUGUUAAAAGCCAGAGGGGAGCAAAAUUAUGUGUGGUCAAAACAAAACGAAAGGAGAGACAAGCAGAGACUCUUACACAGGAUUACAUCAUAACACCCCAUGCGCUUCCGAUGUUCCGUGAACCACGACAACGAAGCACCAGGAAACAGCUGGAGAAGGAUAGACUGGACCCCAUGAAGUCUCACAAACCUGAACCUCCAGUGGCAGGACCAGGUCGCGGUGGGCGUGUUGGAACUCACGGAGGUACCUUGUCAUCAUAUAUAGUCAAGAAUAUUGCACUGGAUAAAACAGAUGAUAGCAACCCUCGAGAAGCUAUUUUACGUCACGCAAAGGAAGCGGAGGAGAAUCCAUACUGGGUUGCUCCGGCAUAUGCUAA